AUGUCAGAUGAGAUAGAAGAACCUUCCACAGCUUUAUUAGAACCUAUAUCUACAAUUCAACCAUUAUCACCCACCGAAGUCUUAGCUUUACCUCCUUCAGAAAUCACUCCUUCCUUACUCGAAAGUUCAUUCACACCUCUAUCAGAUGCAGAGGCUUUAGCAUUUUCUUCAAAUUUGAUAUCAUCAGGAAAACUGGAUAAUUCUUCGAUCGUAAGGUCGAUCAUCCAAUUUGGGCAAUCUCGAAGCUCAAGUGAAUAUGAAAGGCUGGAACAAGAGAUUGGAGAAGACAGAUAUGAAGAUGAUGCAAGGAAUCGCAUAGGGGAAGAUAAGGUUCGAGAAGAAUUGAUAAGGGGAUGGACCAUAUUGGAAGAAGUAAAACGAAGGCUGGAUACUUGGGAUAUAAUAUUACCGAAACCAGCUCCAGCUGUAUCUUCACCCGUGGAUGAGCAAGAAGAGAAAGAGGAGAUUACGAUCGAUCCAACUCAAGAAGAAGAAAUGGAAUUGGACGAUCCAUGGGGUGAAGAAGACGUAGAAGAUGAUCAUUCAAAGGGAAUUCAGACUCCUUCUGCUCUAUUAGAUGAUCCAUGGAAUGCGUCAACUUCCAAUCCAUCUUCUUCACCGACAACAGCAACUGCCAAAUUAAAUAUUGAACCUCCUUCAUCUUCCGACAAUUCGCCACCAUCAAUCUCGUUACCAUUGACCUCCUUCCUAACUCAACCUAUUCCACUCUCAGCUUUAGAUUUAGCUUCUACGUCCUCCUUAACAGCUCUAAAGGUCGUUUGUCAAAGGCAUCACCAAGUGAUAUACCCUUUUAGAUUCGCAAUUAUAGAAGCUGUACCAGGAUGGGUUAGUCCCGUUGAAAUUGAAAAAGAAGGAUUACUCCCUUCUUUGGGAAAUGAUGAUAAUGAAAAGUGGAUACAACCUAUAUCAAUUAAUCCGCCAUCGUUGUUUCCAAUUCUUUCAAAAUUCUACCUCCCUCCUACCUAUACUUACAUAUCGCCGACGAUACAGUCAAUACCUACAGUGUUAUCGAGUCAAGAUCUCACAAACUGGUAUAUCAAUCACAUACUCUCGCUUGAUUCCUUGGGAAUACUAGAUAAUCAAUUGGCAUGGGUCCAACACGGUGCUUCGUUGGGUGUGAUAGGAUUAGAUGAAAUAGGGGAAGAUCUAUCUUUGUUAUCAAGAUUAGUCUAUGAUGGUAAUUUGACUCCGUCACAACACUCUCAAUGGACAUUGGGUAAUUGGCAAAAAUCGUCUUCUGAUCAAAUCAUCAAUGCUUAUGUAUCCAACUCUACUCCAGAAGGUAUAGUAGGGGAUAUAAAAAGACUGGUCUUACCUUAUUUAUACGUAUUGGAAUCAAGAGCUGAAAGAGCUGGAAAGUCAGAUCCAACGAUAAAAGAAAAGUUAUUACAUGAUUCGAUAUUAUCAUUACCUCUGCAUUUGGCGUUACCAAUAUUUGAAUCUUCCAAAGCGACAUUGCCUUUAUCUGAACGGAUAAUCAAGAAUGAUUUAGAUGUUGCAAGAUUAGCUUUAUCAAUCUUAUAUGGAACUCAAGAAAAAUCAAAAGCAACUAAUAUUUGGUCCAUCAUGUCAUCCAUAUUUGAAUGUUUACCCGUAUGGGAAUUAAAUGGAACCGAUGAAAUAUCAGAUUCAGAAUUGACUUCAACUACAUUAGAGUCAAUCGCGAAUUUUAUUAGACCAACUACAACUUCACCAAUACCAACUUCGAAAGAUUUAUGGUUAUUCUUUCAUCCAUUACCAUUCGCAAGUCUUUCAAGAGCUUUAGAUAUCUUGGACGUACAUUUGGAAUCAGGUGAAAUAUUAUCGAAGUGGAAUAUAUAUGUUCAACUAAGUUUCUUGUUACAAUCUAGUAAAAAUCAGAAAGAUCAAUUUCAAUUAGCGGAAAAUUUAGUCAGGAAACAACUGGGUAAGAAUUUAGAUGAAAAUGGUUGGAAAAAACUAUGGGAUGAUAUGAACAGAUUAUCUGGUGGUCAAGACGCUUUACUCAGAGGUGCGCUAGGAAUGUUAGAUCAAAAUGAAAGAGCGAAGAUAUACCUGGGUGGUGUACUUAGCUCGGGAAACUUUGACAUAGCUAGGAAAAUGAUCAGAAAACUUUCCGCGUCAAAUGUCGUGAAUGAUAAAGUGAUAGAAGAGGUGGUACUAGAAACUUCGAAAGAAUUUUACCUUUCUGCGGAAAGUGGGAAUAUACAUACUGGUGAAAUGAAAUUAGCUUAUGAUGUUCUAAGCGUUGCACCACAAACACCUAAAAUCACCUCUGAGAAAUCAUACAUCGAAGCUACAUCCAGACUGACGACAUUCUCUUCGAUAUCACUCACCCCAACCGAGAUUCGACAUACCUCAAACUCAUUGAGGUUGAUCGAAAGGGUCAUAGAGUCUUCUGAAGAUGCAUACAAACAUCCUGAUAUUAUACUGGAUUUAUCCAAUAAACUAGGUGCAAGUUCUGAAGUCGAAAUCGGUUUAGUAAGAGCUAUGAUUGGAAGAAAAGCCUUGAAUAAAAAUGAUUGGGUAAGAUCUAAAGAAAGCAUUCAAGGUAUGAUUGAGAUAAUCCGUAAUCGAAGUCGUCGGAACAACAGAAAUCAUCCCAAAUCAGAUAGUAUAACCCCGAUCUCAUCUAUAACACAAUCUACCACACCGUCGAAGUUGGAUUUUGAUAGUAGGCUCAACAAUCAAGAAGAUCAAUUGAUCAAAGAAAUAUGGGAAUUAUCAUUUUCAUUAUCAACUCAAAUUGAUUAUUAUGAUAUCAAAUCUAAAUUGAUAUUAUUGUCAUAUUCGUUAGAAUUAUGUCCAUCAUCUUCUAUCCCCAGCGUCCUGACAACUUUCAAGGUUUUAGAAGGAGGUAGAAUCAAAUUAGACGAAGCUUCAAAGCGAAGACGUGAAGCUGGAAUUUCAACGCCUAAUAUACCGCUUACCCCUUCAUCGUUGAAUGAGAACGAACAAGAUCAAGCCGAUAGAUAUUUCAAUCAAUCACAAUCACAUCAAGGAGAAGAAGAGAGAGUAUUAGGUUCGAGAACAGCGGCUAAAGCAGCUAAAUUAGCCAUGGAUUUAAGUGGAAGAUAUGGUUUAAGUGUUAAUAACUUAAGAACUAAAGCUGCGGGAUACCAUUCUCCAAUCAUGGCAAGUAACCCCGUUUUGUCCCAGUUACCAUUCAACCUUUCUCGAUCCUCAUCAAGAUCACCUAAUCCAUCAUCACGAACUCCAAUACCAUCGUCGAUACCGAUACCGAUAAGGUCGGAAGAUGAUAGAUCAGAUGCAGGAAGUGAGCACUCAACAAACACAUCAAGGGGACCGUCCCACGCACAUGCUCCAAGAGAAUUAUUUGAAGGUAUAGGUGCAGAUGAAGCUGAAAGAGUUAGACUAGGAGCUAGGAGAGCGCUAGUGAGAGGGGUGGGUUGGUUGUUAGGCGCAGAAGAAGGUGAGAUAACUGGGGAGUGA